UGCGGACGGCACACAUUCAGUGGUACGAAAGGGUCAGUCUGAUUGGAAGUAUGAAGGUUCUGCUAUAUCAACACGCUUUGCUUUGGCGGAUUUGCAUGUGUACGGAGAGAACUUGGAACGCUUUAGAGAGAGAGGAAAUGCUUUUAUGAAGGGAUAUAGUAAAAGGUACUUGGUAUGGUUCGUUUGAAUCCAAUGAAAUCGACUGACAAGGACAGGCAUGUGUUCAGAAUAUUCGGAAACUUGGAGGCCUACAAGCAUGAGAAAGACUCAGAUAAUAUUUCGCAUGGCUUACAAAAGCAAGAAGACCCCUUGUCGUUGGAUUUCUUUCAAAAAUGGGUUGAUGAGAUGGCCGCACCAUUCAAGUUUGAACUUAAAGAUUUAAUAUGGUCCUCUAAUUUUAGAAUCAAUGAAAGAAUAGCUAAUAGCUUCAGAAGAGGAAGAGCUUUUUUGAUUGGAGAUUCGGCACAUUGUCAUUCACCAUUCGGCGGCCAGGGGAUGAAUAUGGGGCUUCAAGAUGCUGACAAUCUUGCGUGGAAGUUGUCUUACGUCUUGAGAGGAAUUGCUACCGACUCUGAAAGAUUGUUGGAUUCUUAUAAUGCCGAGAGAGAGCCUCGUGUAAAAGCCACUAUUAAGGCUACCAGUGUUUCAACAGAGACAGCGACAUCAGCCAGUCCUUUAAUGGCGUCUAUGCGCUUUGCUCUCAUGUCUAUGAUAUUGAAGAUACCACAAAUUCGAACUAAGAUUUACAAGACCGUUAUGCAACAGGAUAUUACUAUUGACCCCAAAAUUGAAGGAUGCAUUUUGGGUACCUCUGAUAAAUCAUUGAUUCAGCCCGGUCAGUUUUUACCUGAUACGGGUAAUCUCAGACCUGUUCUCAUCCAGCAUAAUGGUGCACUACAACGUAAAACCCUUCGAGAAAUCUUAAUCGGUCAGCAAAACCUUUCAGCCAUAUAUAUCGGUACUUGUCCUGGUGCAUCUACACCUAACAGGGAGUUGCUGGAGAAAUUUUGGAUAGCUACAAGAAGAUAUUCCAAGUGUAUUCAUCGUUUAGUCAUACAGUCACUAUGGUACUCUCAUCUAAGCAACACUCUACCCGAGUUUGUUUCAGAGGACGAAAAACUUUCAGAGCAGAACUCUUUUUGGUGCGAGGAAAGAAUUGAUAAUCCUAUUUCUCUUACGAACCGUGUUGGAUUAUAUUCUUGGCUCAUGUCUUAUACGGCAAGCGCAAUAGCGCCCGCUGUUAUUUUGAUUGUUCGUCCUGAUUUAUACGUUGUUCAGGCUAGAUUGGUUUCCAAUGAAAACGAAUUAAAUUCUGCAUUAGCUUAUUUCACGACUAUCAUAACUUAAACAGUUACACUUUAUCCCCAAUUGUAACAUUUCUUGAGUUCAAGACUGGUAGACAAAUACCAGUGAUUUCGUCAUCAUUCUGAAAGAGGAUUAGAAAUUGCUAGUGAUAGAAAACUAAGAAAAAAGUGUGCAAAGACACCAGUCUUCUUCGGUAAUGAGAUCUUAUAGCUGACUUGCGCCUGGAACAACGAGACGAGUUGACAAGGAUGUAAGCCAAUUCGAAGUAGUUUGAAUGAAUAAAGUUUCAUUUUAAUGAGUUUCUACACCCAAAAGGUAAGUUCUUAAUGAAAAUUACCUGAUGG